AUGAUCUUUAUUCGUCGCCACCUUGAUAAAGGACUGAAGGGCGAGUACCUAACUGUUGAGGAUCCAUUAACCUUCUGGAAGGCACUGAGAAAUAGAUACAAUCACCAGAAAACAAUGAUUCUUCCAAUGGCUCGUUAUGAGUGGACUUACCUAAGAAUCCAGGAUUUCAUGACAAUGGCUGAGCACAAUUAUGCAAUGUUUAUAAUUAGCUCCCAAAUGAAGCUUUGUGGGGAAACCAUCAUUGAGGAAGAUAUGCUGGAAAAUACUUUCAGCACCUUUCAUGCCCAAGGCUUUACUGAGUACAACCAGCAGAUAUAUGUGCUCCUUGUGGCUGAACAGAACAAUAAGCUCCUGAUUAAGAAUCAUCAGUCCCAACCUACUAGAUCGGUACCAUUCCUAGAAGUGAAUGUUGCUUCCCUUGAAGUAAAUACCCCAUCCUCUCGUGGUAAUAAUUACAAACGAGGAUAUGGCAACAAGCGAGGGCGGUGGAACGGGAAAGGCAAAAACUAUGGUGUCCAGUUUCAAAACCAGGUUCUAAGGCAUAAUUCGGGCCCGAGCUUCAAAAAUGCAAAUCGCCAAAAAGGCAAAGCUCAUAUGAAUAACACUCAUAGAAAUCCUGAAGGAGUUUACCAUAGGUGUGGUGUCAAUGGGCACUAG